AUGCCCAAGCUCGAGUCAAAACAGUCAAACAAGGUCGCCUCGGGCACCCUCACGAAAUACUCCUUCCCCUCCACCUCCCUCGGCGGACUCACGACCAACUUCAACCUCUUCCUCCCCUCGUCCGCAUCCUCCUCCUCUCCCGUUCCAGUCCUGCUCUACCUCGCGGGCCUGACAUGUAACGAGGACACUGGCGCUCAGAAGGGAGGCUUCCUCCUCACGGCUGCCAAGCACGGUCUCGCGGUCGUCAUGCCCGAUACGAGUCCUCGGGGAGCAGAGGUAGAAGGAGAGGAUGAGGAUUGGGACCUCGGGAGUGGAGCGGGGUUUUAUAUCAAUGCGACGGCGGACAAGUGGAAGAAGUACAGGAUGUAUGAUUUGAUCGUCGAGGAGCUACCGAAGGUGCUCAAGGAGGCGGAUCUGGGACUGGAUCUGACACGGAUGUCUGUCUUUGGGCACUCGAUGGGCGGGCACGGCGCUCUCAUGCUGUAUCUGCGGAACCCCAACUUAUUCAAGUCUGCCUCAGCCUUCUCACCAGCUUGCAACCCCUCUCAAACACCCUGGGGCAAGAAAGCUUUCAACGCCUACAUCCAACCCUGCACCCGCUCGAGCCCGCCAUCGGAAUGGCUGGCAUACGACUCGUCCCGUCUCCUCGCUCGCUCCGAGAUUGCCAAGGGGGAUGUUCAUAUCCUCGUCGAUGUCGGGACCGGCGACCAAUUCUUGAAAGAUGGUCAGCUGGAGCCGGACGCGCUAAAAGAGGCGGCCAAGGAGAAUGGGCGGACGCAGGAGGAGGUGCAGGUGCGAUUGCAGGACGGGUAUGAUCACAGCUAUUACUUUAUUUCAACGUUCGCCUCAGAGCACGUGGAGUACCACGCCAAUUUCCUCAAGGCUUAG